AUGACUCCUCCGAUCACGGUACCUGUUCUUCAGUACAAUGGUUGUUUCUUUGCACUGACUGAGGAAGAUAAACCUCAUCUGCCUGCCGAUGCAUCAGACGACAGCAACGCCAUCACGUAUCUAACCUCAAAUGCUCGGCAACAGGAUUCCAUCUUCACCGAAGCAGUUCAGCUGCUGGAAUCCAUGAGCUCGUCUCCAUCAUGCAAUCGCGUCGCUGCAACCCGUCUUGUUACAUCGUGUCAAGACCUCGGAGGCAAGGGCAACGCUGAUCCUGACACGAAUGAGAUCCUGGACCGCAUUAGGUCCAUUUACGCUGCCAGACUGGCGAUCUGUGAGCUCGAUGGAGCUGGUGCCGUGGUUCCUCAGUCUUGCCUACCGGUGACCAUUCCGUCUCCCGAACCAGCAAAAUCGCGAUUCAGGUUUUUGAGGAAAUUCAGAUCUACGGAUUGUGACGAAGAGGUAGUCUCAAAGAGCCAACUUGGACAAUGCCUCGGAGCUCUGGAAUCACGGCCCCAAUGGUGGACAUCAUAUAGCAAUAACAGGCAGAAUGCUAUGAUCAUAUGCCAAGCGUCGCGGAUUGAGGUCGAGAAAGAAGAGUUGUUAGAUCUGCACCAGUCGAUUUUGAAGAGCAGUGUCAAGCUUGACGAGGGGCUCCAAGAAACUCUGCGGAAGGCCUCAGUAACCUCAACUCAGCAUCAAGCAUUCCUACAAACAGUCCAAGGGCUACAAAAUACGUUAGUUCUGGACCUGGAAAAGAACGCAUCACUCUUCCGCGGUCUUUUCGGCAGAUUCCUCCAUGAUAUCGAAGCAGGUUUCGAUACAGUGGCGACAAUAGUCGCUUCAGCACUGAGUAAGGUGCAAAUGGAAUCGUUAUUUCUCAGCAAGAAUAUACACAACAUGUCUUCUCAAGUUGAUGCUCUGCAGCAGGUCCUGAGGGCUACCCAUGAAGACACUGUUGCCCACAGCCAGCAAGCAUUGCAGGUGCAUCAGGAGAACACACUCGCUGUCAAUGAACUUGCAUUGGAUCUUCACUACGCAUUGGAGUCACUGGCCGAGACAGAUAUCGCAAAGCUUUCGCAACAGAUGCAGAACGUCGACGUCGCUUUGGAGUGGCUGACGAGUCGGCUAAUCCUCGUUCUGGAGCAAGAAAGCAAGAUGGAAGAGCGGCUUGGAGCCAUGGACGCAUCCAUCAAGCAAUCUCAGACGAUGGCCGAUCAGCUUCAAAAGGCCCACCGUCUACAGGCUGACUCAUUGGUCACACAACAACAAGCAGCCGAGUCUAUCAGACUCAAUAUGCAGGUAUCACAGGCUCUGCUGGACAGGGCCACCGCAGCUGCCGCCAACCUGCAAAUGAUCAUUGAUGAUGCUGCAAUAAAGUACAAACAAACCCCCGGCUUGCAUCAAGUGGGUCUCUCCAUUUGGACAGUCUGCCUUGUGCUUCUUAUUUUUAUCGGCGCCCAGAAUUUCAAAGUUGCUAUUAGCCUAUUGUUUUUCAUUUUCGGGCACUUGAUCGCGACAACCAUCUUCCCAUUUUUCAAGGUAUACGGUGCUUCCGGGAUUCCUAUUUAG